UAGAACUCUUCUGGUUGAGGAGAUAGUAAUAUCAAUGCUGCACAUGUCGGCCGGCUUGACUUUGGUUUAACGAAGAUUUCGAAUCGUUUGACAUUGGUGCUGACUUUCAAGCAUUAAGCCAAAAUGGGCAAAGUGAUGUCAACAGUCACAAAGCCCAUUCGCAAUUUCAAUGUAGAAAAUCGUGCAAUGAGGGCAAUGGAUCGGCAGGCGAAAGCACCAAAGGCCGCACCGAGGCAUGAAACAACUAAGAAAAGUUAUGAACAACUCGCAAGAGAAAAUCCAGAGUUGCAAGAGGCAGUCAAAAGCAAAAAUGAGGCACUCCAUGAACGGUUACUCCAUGUAAGAGUAGAGUCCACAGGACCUCCUCCUGAUCAGAGUCUGGUGAGUAGAAGUUUACCCUUGACCAGGGAGAAGUCUGAAGAUCCAGAGUUUGGAUAUCUUAUCCCUGAUGUCAUACCAGAAGGCAGAGUCAGUUUGAAGCAAGUUUUUGAGUUCAUAGGAAAGCACCAAAAUGAUCCUAAAGGCUACACAGCCCAAAUGAUAGCAGAUGAAUACAAACUGGAGUUGAAUCAGGUUCAAGAUAUUUUAAGACAUUUUCAGGCCUUUCAUAUGUAUGUGCCGAAGAAAAUACGCGAUAAAAUGGUAACAGCAAGCUCAGAAGAAAUUGAACUGAUGGCCAGACCCCCCCGAGUGUUCGGAGAUGAGAAAGAAACAGAGAAAUUAGAGGCUGAAACUGUUCCUCCAACUGCUAACCCUGAACCUAAGCCAUGACGAAAUUUUACGUUUAACAAAUUAAAUCACUUGUAGAUUAUAGAUAGGAUACAGGCCCCAAAAUGACGAAGCGAUCUUAGAUUUGAGUCUAAAUUUCAAAUUACUUUAUAAUUAUUAUUUCUGAUUUUUUCGAUUUUUAAUUCUUGUUAAAUUAUUGUAAAACAAAUUUAAGCUAAAAUAAUGUAACAAUGGAAAUUCAUACCAAGUUGAAUAAUAGAAAUUUUUACUUAAGACUAAGAUCGCUUCAUGAUUCCGAGGGCAGGUCUGAGGCCUGUUUCUUUAAACCCUUGACAGAUUUGUUUCCUUGUUACAACACUGGCAGCCAGUGAUGUCUGUAUUAGCGUGGUACAUGUAGUUACAGGUUUAUAACUUUACUUGGGUAUUGUGGAAUGCAUUGUCCGCUGCCGCCAGACACAGUGUAAAGUUUUCUUGUAUUUGCAUAUCUGAACAGGCUUCAGUUUCUGUGUUAUAAGCGAUGUUCAGAAGUAUCUGACAUAAAACUAACUUACCCAAGACUGUGUUCAAUAAAAGGAAAAGACCAUGAAAAAAGAAAAAAAUGAGAUCAUAAUCAAACACAUCACUAAUGUGUUUGGACAACGAUGAUAUCACAAGCUUUUGCGUUUUGCUCUUCUCUAUAUAUUGGCAAUCAGAUUAGCUCUUUAUAAGUAUUGGUGUGCAUUGCAUAUUGCUCUAAAGGGGUCUCUGUUGCUGUCAGAGAGGUCUUAAUGGUACCGCAACACAAUGAGGAGCCUCUCACCCAUGAGGUCAUUGUGAGUUGAUUCCAGCUCAUGUUGACUUCCUCUGCAGCUAUUCGUGGAAAGAUCUGCUAGCAACCUGCGUAGGCUCUGCCCAGUUUUUAACCACCAUAAUGCUGGUGGCCAUCAUGUAAAAGAAACAUUCUUCAGUACGACGUGAUAAACC